UUCAGUAGUCAACAAGUCUAUUUACAACUAUUCGAAAUGGCUCCAGGAGGAAAAUCGGCGGGCAAAGCAAUGAAGAAGUCGUCCGGCAAGGCACAAAAGAACAUCGCCAAGUCCGACAAGAAGCGCAAGCCCAAGAGGAAAGAAUCGUACGCAAUUUACAUCUACAAAGUGUUGAAACAAGUACAUCCCGACACCGGAGUCUCGUCCAAAGCCAUGAGCAUCAUGAACAGCUUCGUCAACGACCUGUUCGAGCGCAUCGCCGCCGAAUCCAGUCGUCUGGCCCACUACAACAAACGUUCGACCAUUACCAGCCGGGAAAUCCAAACUGCCGUCCGACUCUUGUUGCCCGGUGAAUUGGCCAAGCACGCCGUCAGUGAAGGAACCAAGGCUGUGACCAAGUACACCAGCUCCAAAUAAGUCUCCCGUUUUGUGAAAUAUCAUUACUCAACUAAAACGGCCCUUUUCA